AUGUCUCAGUCAGCGAAAGCCGAGCUUUUCCGUUCGAAAAUUUUCAAGACAGUUUCAAAGACAUUGCAAAGCACCGCCUCCAUCAAUUUCAUGGCGGGAAAGUGCCUGAGAGUGCUAACAGUGGUGGCGACAUGUGCUGAUGGUAAGACAGCGAUGAACAGAGAUAUUUCGUGUGCUGCGGUAGUGGUGAAGAGACUGGCGAAGGCAGGAAAAGCAGCAACCGAAUACGAAUAUGAAGACAAAUUAACAGUGGUGAAGAUUGAUCAUGAUGCGAACCCUAGGCUAAUCGAAAAAUACAAAGUUUAUGGCCUACCAACAUUGAUCCUCUUUAAGAAUGGGCAGGAAGUUCCAGAAAGCAUGAGAGAAGGUGCAAUCACCAAAGUUAAACUUAAAGACUAUGUGGAUGCUUUAUUGGAAUCAAUCUCAGUUUCGUAG